AUGACUGAUUCUCAGAUUCUCGGAUCCUCCUCCGGACCCGUAGUAAAAGCUGCCUACUGGUUUCCGGAUGGCGAAACCAAACCAACCGGCAGUGUAAUCCCACAGUCCUCAGCAAUCCUUAUUGACUCAACUCUCUUCACUCACCUUUUCUGCGCCUUCGCAGAUCUCGACCUUGAAACCCACAGAGUCUUCAUCCCCCAAAGGCACGAAUACGAAUUCUCCACCUUCACUGAAAUCGUCAGGUAGAAAAACCAUAACGUGAAGACCCUCUUGUCGAUCGGCGGGAAAAAAACAGACAACAAAUUCGCGUUUGCGUCCAUGGCAAGUAACCGCACCUCUCGAGAAUCGUUCAUUUCGUCUUCGAUCUCGAUCGCUAGAUCUCUCGGAUUUUAUGGACUUGAUCUGGCUUGGGAGUACCCAAACAAUGAUGUGGAGAUGAACAACUUCGGGAAACUACUUCAAGAAUGGCGAUCCGCAGUUGAGGUCGAGUCUCAACGUACCGGAAUAAGGCCUUUGCUUUUGACGGCUGCGGUUUACUACACCUCAGAUUACAAUUCGGUUUCCUACCCGGUCCAAGCGAUCAACAGAAGCUUAGAUUGGGUUAAUCUUAUCGCUUAUGAGUUUUAUGGUUUGACCACUGAAAUCGGUCCACCUGCCGGGUUGUAUGAUCCUUCCAUUAAAGGUCCAUGCGGCGACACCGGUUUGAAACAUUGGCUUAAGGCCGGACUUCCGGAGAAGAAAGCAGUCUUUGGAUUUCCAUACGUUGGCUGGUCCUGGACUCUCGACGACGACAAGGACCACGGUGAUGAUGUUGCGGUCACCCACCGAGUUGCCGUGACUGCUAACGGUUCGAUCAACUAUGAUCAGAUAGUUAAAUUCAUAACGGAAUACAAAGCUAGAACGGUUUAUGACUCGGAAGUGGUCGGAUUUUACUGUAUCGCUGGGACAACUUGA